AUGGGGAACUACAUUUCUUGCAGUCUAUCAGCAGGAGGAAACAAGCAGUGUAGAAGCAUAAAGGUCAUAUUCCCAAGUGGAGAGAUAUGCAAGUUUGAAGAAGCCGUAAAAGCAGCUGAGCUUAUGGUUGAGAUGCCAAGUUUCUUUGUGGUAAACACUCGGUCGCUACGGAUUGGAACAAGGUUUUGUGCCCUCCAUGCUGAUGAAGAGCUUGAGCAUGGUAAUGUUUAUGUGAUGAUUCCAAUGAAGAAGCUUAACUCUGCUGUCACAGCAUCUGACAUGGGUUCCUUGCUAAUCACGGCCAAAAGAGUCUCUGCAAAAGUCAACAAGAUUCUUCCUACUCCAGAACCUAAUUUGGAAAUGGUAUCACAGCCACAGUUGAACUUGGAUGACAUUGAUGAAGACUUGUCUAUGCACAGGUUGUCCGUAUGCAGCAGGUCAAAGAAACCUUUGUUGGAGACCAUAGCAGAAGAAAAAGUGUGCUGA